AAAAGCUAGAUUCGCAUGCCAUCUUUAACGUACAUUCAAUUCCCUAUAAAUACUUCACCACCAUUAUUUAUUGCCGAGAUAACACAAAUUUAAGAGAAGUUAGAGACAGAAGAACGUAAAAUCUAGCAAUUCAUUUGGAGACGAUGAAAAGCCCAAUUUACAAACGAGUUAUGGGGAUUCCUGUUAACUCAACUGCUGCUGCAUACUUUGUCUCAUCAUCAUCUAUCAAAUCCUUAUCUGAAUCAGCUCCCCGAUAUCGUAUUCAUGAUUCUUCGGCCAACGGGUCUCCAGCAUAUAAACAAAGAAAAGUAGAUUCGGUUCUUCAGACAAUGAAUAAGCUGGGGAAGAAAGCUGGUAAAUUUGCACACGGAGUCAGAGAACAUGUGAGACUGGCGCCAAAGAUUACUGAAACUGUGAAGGGAAAGUUGAGUUUGGGCGCAAAAAUUCUACAAGUAGGUGGAGUGGAGAAGAUAUUCAAUCAGCUGUUUAAUGUUUGUGAGGGAGAGAAAUUACUGAAGGCUUCUCAAUGCUAUUUGUCAACAACAGCAGGUCCGAUAGCAGGCCUCCUCUUUAUCUCCACAACCAAAGUUGCGUUUUGCAGUGAGAGAUCACUGAAAUUCCGUUCUAAGAAUGGAGAAAUCGUAAGAGUUCAUUACAAGGUUUUGAUCCCACUUGAGAAAAUAAAGAGAGUAAAUCAAAGUGCAAAUAUGAAGAAGCCAUCGCAGAAGUACGUGGAAAUAUGCACUGUGGACCAUUUUGACUUCUGGUUUAUGGGUUUCUUAAAUUAUGAGAAAUCUUUCAAGUCCCUUCAGCAGGCGAUUUCCAAUAGCGUGGUAGAUGAUUUACAAAUCAACUAUUAGUUGACUUAAUUUCAUCAGAAUAUGUAAAUUUUUUAAGUGAGGAAAGUUAAUACAGUUACGAUUAAUGUACACUUUUUGUUGAUUGUUAUUAUGAACUUUCACUUCAACCA